AUGGAAAAGGGUCAGGAUCUUGACCAAAACCAUGCCCAUUCUGCUGGAUCUUGCGCUGAGAAGAAGCUCAGGCUUUUUGGGUUUGAGCUGAGCCCAAGCAAGAAUGAGGACAGCUCCAUCAAAGGCUCUGCAGAAGGAGAUGAGAGUGUAAAUUCAUCGAACUCCAUUUCCUAUGGAAGGGAGGUUCAUAUGAAGAAACCUGCCAGCAAUGAGAAAAGCUCAACCAGUGAAGCAUAUGACAAGAAGUUUGAGUGCCAAUAUUGCUUCAAGGAAUUUGCAAACUCACAAACAUUGGGAGGUCAUCAUAAGGUGCACAAAAAGGAGAGGAUGAAGAAGAAGAGGCUUCAGCUUCAAGCCAUUUCGUCAACAAAGCCUCUUUAA